AAUUUAUUUAUUUACUUGAAUUGUUUUGUUUUUUCAUUUGAACUUCUUUCACAUUUGAAUUUUCCUUCAUAAGUAAGAAAUGAAAACUUUUUGUCAACCUAAGCAGGAGAUUUGCAUUAUUAAUUGGGAGAACUUAUAAUUAUUCAAAUCCGAAACAAAUGAUGUUUUGGUACCUUUAAAAGACAUUAAUCCAUUUUCAAGGGCUUAUUGAUUCAUUGGCCAAGUUUGAUUAUGUGCUUGACAGGACAAACAGGAAAGGAUUCAUGUUUUUCAAUGGCAAUGGUGUAUUGAUUCAACUAUGAAGGAGCUAGAUAUGGCAGCCUGGGUAAAAUGUAUUAAAAAGUUGUGAGCGAGCGAAGCGAGCAAGCAAACAUUUCCACUAUUUUAUUGCAAUAUCCAAUUUUGUGAUAGAUUUUGACAUAAUAUUAAAAAAUUAUAUGAUAUUUCACUUUCUAUCUUUCUUUUAUUUCCUUUCCACUUUUUUCUUGACGGUCAUGACUUUUUUUAUUGGGGGGGGGGGGCAUCCCUGAGCCCCUGCCCAUCUGUAUGGCACUGUUUAAAAGGCACCAUAACCUUUGUAGCACACAAUGAAAGGAUUUUAAAAAAUACACGCUCUCCCAUACUUCGGUUGAAAAAAAAAUUUGCUUAAAGAAGGAAUAUUCAAAGCUAAAAGGGAACAUAUUAAAAGUAUUAAAACAGAACAAUUCAAGCAAAUGAAUAGAUUUAAAAAUACAUUUUGAUCAUAUUUAUCAUUUUAUGCCAUUUUGGCGCAAGCCUCCUUUUUAACUCCAGACAAAAACAUUCCGUGUUUGCUCAAGCAUGAACAAAACUAUUUUUUAAUGGCAUUUGAAAGAUAAGACUUGAGAGCAUCUAUUAAAGGAGAAUGAAACUCUUGGAGCAAGUUAGCUUUUGUGAAAGCAGAAAAAUCAAAGAAUAAGAUCAACAAAAGUUUGAGUAAAAUAGGACUAGCAAUAGAAAAAUUAUGAGCAUUUAAAUGUCAAGAUCACUAAUGCUAUGGAGAUCCUCCCAUUGGCAAUGCGACCAAGAUCUAUGAUGUCACAGAUGAACAACUCUCCCCUUUUGGACAAUGAAAAUAUACCCCAAAAUAUCUCUUUUUGCUCAUUCUAAUCAUAUGACAAACGAUUCAUCAAUGAUAUAAUGUUGUGAAACCUCUGUACUUGUCCUCUCAUAAAGAGAACAGCUCACCUUGUGAUAGACUCUAUAAAAGUGAGAAUAUAAGUGAAAUAAGUACUAAAGAAAUGAGGGAGUUGUACGUGUGUGACAUCACAGAUCUUGGUCGCAUUGCCAAUGGGAGGAUCUACAUGGCAUUAGUGAUCUCAAUAUUCAAAUGCUCAUAACUUUCUUAUUAUUCAUUCAAUCUUCCUCAAACUUUCAACAAUAUGUUUUUUUGAUUUUUCUCUUUGAUAUGGAUUCAGCUGGUUUCAAGGGUUUCAUUCUCCUUUAACAUCAAAAUAUAGACAUCAUAAUUUGAAACAAAAAUUGUAUAGACUUUUCAAAUCUGUCCCGUUUCUUUUUAUACGCACUGUAGUUUAGAUGGACUUUGUAUGUUUGAUCAGAAGAACGUCCUGUCAUGUGAAUAAACACAUUAUAUCAUUUAAGCAAAGUGAUUAGCUUUUCAUAAUUAUAUGAAUACAUGAACAUCGUUAUUGAAAAGUUGGCGUUAUAGGCGGAAUUGUUCGUGUUUUUUUUUUUUCAAAAUGGCUCUUUCUAAGCAAAUUGGAGACGUUAUCUCAGAAGAACUCGAAUGCAGCAUAUGUCUUGAUAGACUCAGGUCUCCUCGCAUGUUAACAUGUCUUCAUAGUUUUUGUGAGCUUUGCCUAAAGGAAUAUGCUAACCAACAUUUGGAUGCUGGAUCCCUUCAUUGUCCUACAUGUCGCGAAAGAACUGUCAUUCCUAAUGAUGGGAUCACCGGACUCAAACCAGACUUCCGCGCCAACAAACUUCUUGAGGCACUGAACAAGGGAGGAAAGGAUUCAACAGCCGGAGAAAAGCAAAAACAAUGUUCUUUGUGUAAAUCUUCCAAACCUCGAUUGUUCUGUGAGGACUGUGAUUUAAAGAUGUGCCAGGAGUGUGCAGCAUUUCAUCCUAACAUACCGACUUGCCGCCACCAUCAGGUAGUUCCUUUAACGGAACUCUCUAGUGGAAUUGCUGUUCCAGGAACGAGGGACGUUAUUCGCAAAUGCUCUCGACAUGAUGAACGGUUAAAAUUUUAUUGCAAGACCUGCAAAAAGUGCAUUUGUGCAGACUGCACUGUUCUUGAUCACUCGAAAGUUGAUGGCCAUGAGUGCGUGUACUUGAGAGAUAUUAUUCCAGAGCAUCGGCGCGAUAUUGCUGAUCUAGUCACAAAAGUUAAUGUCAAGGGCAAAGAUGUUGAUUCUUUCCUUGUCAAGAUAGGUGGUGUAAAGCAAGAACUAGAUCAGAAAAGUAGAGAAAUCGAUCAAGCGAUCGAGAAUGAAGUUGCUAAAAUCAAGGCAUUCCUUCUCAAACAGAGCAAAACAUACAUAAAUCAGAAUCGAGGCCUCGUAGACGAUAUCGAACAGAGAAACAGAUCAAUGAAGAAAGAUGUAGAGGAUGUUUCAAUGGAACUUCAUCAGGUCUCCUCAUCGAAGGACGACUUUGAGGUGGCUGAAAAGCAACACGGACUGGUGCAGUCGGUUCAAAGGCUUACAAGUGUUGAAUCUGACGCUUUCACACUUGACAGCAUUAAAAUGAAUUACGAGACACUGAGACUGAACUGUGUUCAAAGUUGUUCUACUCAUCAUCAAUCGCUAAAUCUUGUAAAGCAAGAGCGAAUUUUCAAGCAACAGAAUGUGCCGCAUGCAAAAAGCUAUUUGACAGUAGGUAAGGUACAGAAUGGUUCCUUAAGUGUUAUAUGUGCAGCACAAGAUGGGCGUGUAUUUUGUCAUGAAGUCCCGAAGAUGUCGCGAGUAGACCCUACUGCCGGCCGUCAUGCCCGUCAUGGCGUUUCUUUCGGCAACAAUCGUCUUCGCUAUUCAGCGAAAAACCCUUCAUGUCCAUAUGGUAUUCUACCAAAUGGACAAAUAUGCUCUGUUAUAGGAAACGAACUAUGGAAAGGGUCUUCACCUUUACUACUUCAACAGAAGGAAUACCGCAAACUCAAAGCUGACAUCUGUCAAGAAUUCUGUCUGACUGUCAACAUGAACGGAUACAUUUACAUUGUCAGUGAAGGUUUGGACAACUUGCUUGAAAUAGCACCGGAUAAUACUGUCUUGACAAGCAAAACCAUUGGUAACAUUGUUCCUUUGGCGAUCACUACCCGCAAUACAAGCCCGUGUGAAACCUUCCUCAUUGCCUGCAAACCAUCUUCAGUAUAUCUCAUCGACAGUGAACAGAAUGUUAAAUGCAUCUUCAGUGACAGAGGAGUUGUCUGGGAAAGUGCGGCAUUAGCAUGCGAACAUGAGGGACGAAUAUUCCUCCUUUCAAGUCAAGAAUCCAAAAUUUCUCUCCGAAUUUUGGACAAGGAAGGGAAUCUUCAAGAAACUAUUUUCAGGAAUAGAGAAUCAAAAGAUCCUCCUAACUUACCACAAACCACGACUGGACUGAAUACUAUAUUUAUUACUGAGUUUAGUUUUUCCACUGCCCCAUCUACACCCAUGCAUGGUAGGCGUACAUGUAUGCUUGGAGGACCUACGGCAUGUACGGUGUCGCCCGACUUUUCCAAGCCACAACAUGAGACAGCAACCGCCUCUACGUCUAAUUUCAGAUUUGGAUCAACAAGUCAAAGUUCUCAAUCAACCCAUCAGCGAACCCGUUUGUCCAUUACCGUUGAGUCGAAUGGAGACAUUUGUGUAGUUCUUGGCAAAAAUGAACUCAUUUUGAUCACUCUUGACGAAAGUGAUAUUUUCAAGGAUUGAAAAUAGGCUCUAUUGUCCCUUUUUCAAAGGCUCAUAGAGCUGCGCCUAAACUUGUUGUUAUAGUAUCGAAUGGACUUCCAAUUGGUAUAUUAAUAUUGAACCCAAUAUUCGUAUCUCUUUAUGAAAAAAUAUAUUGAAUCAGUGACAACAAAUAUACCAUCUAUUAAAGGAGAAUGAAACUCUUGGAGCAAGUUAGCUUUUGUGAAAGCAGAAAAAUCAAAGAAUAAGAUCAACAAAAGUUUGAGUAAAAUAGGACUAGCGAUAGAAGAGUUAUGAGCAUUUGAAUGUCGAGAUCACUAAUGCUAUGGAGAUCCUCCCAUUGGCAAUGCGACCAAGAUCUAUGAUGUCACAGAUGAACAACUCUCCCCUUUUGGACACUGAAAAUAUACCCCAAAACAUCUCUUUUUGCUCAUUCUAAUCAUAUGACAAACGAUUCAUCGAUGAUAUAAUGUUGUGAAACCUCUGUACUUGUCCUCUCAUAAAGAGAACACCUCACCUUGUGAUAGACUCUAUAAAAGUGAGAAUAUAAGUGAAAUAAGUACUAAAGUAAUGAGGGAGUUGUACGUGUGUGACAUCACAGAUCUUGGUCGCAUUGCCAAUGGGAGGAUCUACAUGGCAUUAGUGAUCUCAAUAUUCAAAUGCUCAUAACUUUCUUAUUAUUCAUUCAAUCUUCCUCAAACUUUCAACAAUAUGUUUCUUUGAUUUUUCUCUUUGAUAUGGUUUCAGCUGGUUUCAAGGGUUUCAUUCUCCUUUAACAUAUGAAUGAUGUCUUGGUUCGGUUUUAGGGGUCUUAGGCAUAUCAGAGAGCACCAUUAUUAUUCUAACAUGGCAAAAGCAGUAUUAUACAAUAAUACAGGUUGUUCAUUUUUACUGCACUUUUGGGGAAUUAAUCAAUAUUUAUUUAUCUAUUAUUUGUUAUUUAUUCGGCACUUCAAACAUAUUCAAGAUUACAAAGCAAUAUCAAUCGUUACAUAAAAUGACAUAAAAAUUAUACAAGUAUACCUGCAAUAUUUGAUAGCAGUUUGCCCAGUGCACCACUAAGGUGGCCAGGGAAGAGGAGAGCAAACUUAAUCACUUUGACCUGAUGGUCCCUCCGCCCAACCAACCGAUGCACUGGGAAUACUGGUAAAAUAUAGCAUGAAGAAAAAUACAAUGACAAUUGCGGGGAUUAUGAUACAUAAUAAAGGCAACAACAAAAAAACUGUUGCGCCAAGAUAGAAAAUCAUAAAUUAGAAAUAUAACGUUAUAAAACAAAAUGUGAAAUCGUGCGAGGUAUGUACUGAACUUAGAUAAGCAGUGUUAAGAUGACUCCCGAUAUGAGCAGCCGGAUGAUUUAUAAACAUUGCUUCAAGAAAGCGUUAUUUUGUGCUUUAAUUGAAUUUGCUUAAUGUUUUUGAAGCAGAGGGUUCUUAACAAAUGAAGUAAGAACUACCGAGUUAUUGUAUAAUGUCAUUUCUUCAUAGAUUGAGGCGAUACAGAGAAAUGAUGCCAGAUUUGUUAAGGAUGGCUAGACAAUUAACAGGUGGAGUAAUGUUACUUCCAUAAUAAAAGACACUUAUCGAUAGAGAAUGAUAGUGAGAGAGACUCACUAUUCAAGGCUCCUGAAGGCUAUCUCUAUAUUCCAGUCUAGGACCUACACUUCUUCACCAAACUAGCUAGAUUACAUCGGCUUGUGUCAUCACAUCGGGUCGGGCAAUCGCAAAACCCGACGAUUCGAGAAACUGGCCCCCUCAAUCCCCGAAACGUCGGAUUCAAUAUUGACCCGACCAUUCGAGAAAAGGGCACCCUAAAUUCCCGAAAGGACGGGUCCAGUUUACCCGAUGUUUUGUGAAAAUAUAUAGCAAAGCCAGUCUUGUAUACGCGAUUGCCCGACCCAACCCGAUGUGAUGAAACAAGCCACACAAUAUUAUUCAUAUCCCUCAAUUUUGAUUUAUUUCCUUCGUAUAUAAGUGCAUGGUAUAAACACAAUAGACAGUGAAAUGAAUUACCAAUAAAUGCAUUCAAGACAAGCUUCAUGCUCUGAACUAUAACUCCAAAUCUAAGUAUCGAGAUUUCACUGAUUGGCUUUAAAAUUAUGACCCCGUUAGUAAAAAGGAAAAAAAAAUCCUCACUUAUCUUGUACUGCAAUUGGUUGAUUUGCACUCUUGAGGGCCAAGGAGAACAAUUAUGAAAUUACAUUCUUUUCCAUUUUGUGUGUUAACUUAUAUUAUAGGUUGUUUUCUUCAUCAGAUCAAUUUUUGUCGUUCAGAGAACGCAAAAAAGGACAGGAAUAUAACUUCAACAAUAAUUGUUGUGUUUCAUUGGUUUUGAAUCUUGACACUCAUUGCUCUAUUAUGAUAUCGAUUAAAGCAGAAAGGUCACCUUUUCUUCAUGUUAUCUUAGGUUCCUAAUUAUACCCAACUAAAGUAUUAAUUUGCUUACAUUCAUAAGAUAGCAACAUUUCUUCUAUGAAGUAGCCUUCUUUCGUUCUGUUUUGCCUACAUGUUUCUUCUUUUCGUUUUUUGUUAUCAUUAGUAUAUCUUCGUGGGCAAAUAGCAAUUGAUUUUUUGGGGGGAGCGGGGAGGGGUUGUGUUAUGGAAGCUUUGUUUUUAUCCCUCAUUGGUGUAUUUCUAUUCAAAGUGUGUUUUAUUAAUUGUUGUAAACUAGUAUUCGAUGUUUGCACAUUUCUUUAUAUAUUGAUAUUGAGUUGUAUUAUACAUGUAUGUAUCAUAUUUGUUUUUCUUUUGGAAAUUAAUUUGUUUAAAAUCGAAUUUGAUUUUAUGAAGUCAUUAUGAUUUUAACUUUCAAGUACUGACCGUUAUCAGAAAAUGAAACUGAAAAUUAGGGAAGGUGAAUUUAAUCAAUUUACUGUCAAUUUGACUGCUGUAUAGAUAUUUGCAUUUACAUAUCACGAUUAUUGUUUUUACUCGCAAGUAAAAUACGUUUUGCUCCACAUUCAGUAAUGACAUACAUAUGUACUGUAUCAUAGUUUGCCUUCAUGUGACAGCUCCAUAGUUUAAUGUACUUUAUACAGUGCGUAUCAAAAAAAAGUUUACACUUAGAAAAAAUCCUGUAAAAUUAUACAUUUGUAAUGUCCUGAAGAUUUUUCCACAUUUUAACAUUGGUACAGAUCCAUCUAAGCAAAUGACGAAAUAACUGUCGAAAAAUAUUUCCGCUUGAGUGAGCACCACUUACUUUUGAAAAGUUAGUGAAAAAUGAUUUGCGCAGAAUUUUGAAAUAGUUAUGCGAAUAAUAGUAAACCUUAAUCAUGAAGAACACGUUGAAUUUAGCUAGUAAAAUUGAUUUGAAGAUAUCUUUUACCUUUUUAACUUGUUUCCUUGCCCAAAACACUUUGAAGAGUGCAUUGCGCCCCACCCCACUCCCCCACACACCGAGGCCAUCGUGACGAUAUUUGCUUUAAUACACUGAGCUGUGAUUUACAUGAAAUGGCUUAGGCUUGAUUUUCAUUUUGUUAUUCAUUGUCAAGCUUGGAAAAGGUGUGGAGAAACAAGUAUUAAAUGAAAAAUGAAAUGUAUAAACCCACUUUAAAUGAUAACAACUUAGUCAAAAAAUGCUGGAGGUGUCUGAUAUAAACUUUUGUUCAGAUUUAGUUAUGUCCUCAGAUCCAGCUGGCACAAAAAGGGUAAAGGUUGUGCAUGCUUACUAAGUGUUGUAAUUUCAAUUUGGGUGGCAAAAUUGUUACAAAAUGCUUGAAUGUAUCUGUUUUAUUUCAAUUGACUAAGAGUGCAAGGAAAAUGUUUGAGAAAUGUUUAGCAGGGUAAAUUUGAUUUCGCCCUUUCCCCUUGACACAGCGUGAAAACGAGCAUUUCUGCGCAAACAGAUUUCUGCGAGCUUUACAAAAAUGGACAGUGCUCACUCAAGUGUAACAUUCUGUCAAAACUUUUACUUUCAUUGGAUAGAUGAGACCCAAACCUAAGAUUAUAUGUGAAAGAAUUACCCACAUGUUGUAUACUUUUUAAUUUCAAGGGCUUUUUCAAAGUGUAAACUUUUUUUGAUACGCGCUGUAUAAAGGGCUCGGAAAAUUGUCUAUUUCUUCAAAAUUGUUUUGCUUCAGAAUAUUUUUCUCUAGAAUUCUCUAGAAGUAUGAUCCCAAAAUAAUAAUAAUAAUGAUAAAUAAAAAUAAUGAUGAUAAUAAUAAAAGGGGCGAAGAAGAAUGUUGGAGGUGUACUUUUUCAGAUGCAACUUCCCGUUUCCCUGGAUAGGUUUAUCAUAAUGAUAAUAUGUCAUUCCUUGAUGUGGUGAAAUUUAAGGAAGGACUAAGAGUAUUUGCACCACUGUUUCAGAUUUAGAACGUAUAUCGAUUACGAUCCGCAUGCUAUAUUUCUCGCGCUUAAUUGGUACCGCUUUGCAGUUUGACAAUUCAUUGUGACGAUUGUGUAACUCACCCAAGUGUAUGAUUUAAAACCGAUGUUUAAAAUAGUAAUAACAUGCAUGUGUUCAACAUUUUUCAAUACUGUCUUUUAUUUGUUCUACCCCCGAUAUCUCCUCACAUUCUCUCCCCUUCCUCAAUUCCCCCCUUCUCUCUCUCUCUUCCUCCAUCACACACACACACACACACACACACCCACACACACACACACAACCCACAUUAUACAAACUUACCCACGUUCUCAUACCUCUCCUCCCCACUCCUCAAUGUUUCCCAAGUUUUAUAAUCUGCUAUUCAACUCCUUCGUCAUUUCUCGUUGAAAUGUUUUGGCAAAUACAAGUAAUAUUUUUAUUAUGUUGUACUAGAAAGAAAGAAAGAAAGAAAGAAAGAAAGAAAGAAAGAAAGGACAUGAAAGGUUGCUUGUUACUCGUUGACAUGCAAUAGAUUUAUGUUUGUAUACAAUCCAUGGCAAGAGUUAUAAUAGCCAUACAUUGCCUCUAUUUCAUGGCUAAAUUCUGUGGCGUUGUGUAAUCUUCAUCCAUACUAUUGCAAUCUCAUAUAGCGAUUUUUUUCUGUACAAUAAAUCAUGAUAAUGUUCCUGUAUGUACACUCUAAAAAAACAAAGAGCUAAUUGAGCUCUUAAAGAGCGUGUACAGUGACUGCACUUCGGAGAGCUGAUAUGUCUAGUUCAAAUUUGAACGAGACAAAAUCAGCACUCCGAAGUGCAGUCACUAUACAUGCUCUUUAAAGAACAAGUCCACCCCCAAAAAAGGUUGAUUUGAAUAAAAAAAAGAAAAACCCAACUAGCAUAACACUGAAAAUUUCAUCAAAAUCGAAUGUAAAAUAAGAAAGUUAUGACAUUUUAAAGUUUCGCUUAUUUUUCACAAAACAAUGAUAUAUGCACAAAUCAGUGACAUGCAAAUGAGACAGUCGAUGAUGCCCUUCACUCACUAUUUCUUUUGGUUUUUAUUGUUUGAAUUAUACAAUAUUUCAUUUUGGUUUACAUAUUUUACAAAAAGGACCAACUUGACUGAACCAUAUAUAUAGUAUUAAAUAAUGCUAAUUUUACAUGUUCAGGGAGGAAUUAAUCUUUGUUUGACUUGACAAUGAGGAGAAAUUUGAAUAUUUCAUUUCAUAUAAUGAAAUACAAAAGAAAUAGUGAGUGGAUGACGUCAUCAGUCUCCUCAUUUGCAUACCGAAAAGGAUGUGCAUAAUUCUGUUUUGUGAAAGUAAACAAAACUUUAAAAUGUCAUAACUUUCUUAUUUUACAUCCGAUUUUGAUGAAAUUUUCAGCGUUAUGCUUGUUGGAUUUUUCUCUUUUUAUUCAAAUCAACUUUUAGUUGGGGUGGACUUGUCCUUUAAAGCUCUUCGUAGCUCUUCGUAGAGUGCAACUUCUUGUUGUUUGUAUUGUAUGAAUUAGAAUUGUAAAAUUGAAAUAAAGAUGGAUCCCGGUCGUGGUGUUGGGCUGUUGGCAUAUUCCUUGCUUUGUAAACUGUGAAAAAUAUUUCUCUUUUUUCAAUUUGAAUAAUUAUGUUUCAUUUUGUUUUUAUCAAGUUCAGCAGUGAAUUAUCAAUGAAAUAAAGUUUGAUAAAUUCCUAUGGUAGUAUAAUUUGCACAGUGGCCUGUUUUUGUUACAUGAUUUUUACUGAGGUCUUUU